AUUUACUUAAAUGUUCUAAUUGUUAAGACCUAUAUCAGCUUAAUCGCCUUCAAAAACAAGAAGUGCAAUAUCAUCACACACUUAAUCGAAGAGUCCUCAUUAUAAUGAAAUGUAAUAAGGUAAUUUCUUAAUUUUAUAAAUGAGGUUCAACACACUAAAAAUCAUAGUAAAGUUUAUGAAAUUCUCAUAAUA